AUGUUCAACAACAUAAUACGGUCAAAUGCAGUUAGAUCAUUCAUAAAUUUCACUCAAAUCAGAACCAAAAUGAAAUCACAUAAAGCCAUCACAAGUAGAAUAAUAAAAAGAAGUUCAGGAUUGAAGAGAAAACAUGCUGGUAUGAACCAUGGUUUAGGGAAGUUCAGUACGCCGUCAUUAAAACAUUUGAGAGGAUUCACUACAGUAAAGAAAGAAGGUGGAUAUUUGAAAAAAAUGUAUCCUUAUGCUUGA